CUGGAGCAGCUCUGCUGGGCGAGGGUGGAGCUAGAGAAGAUCCGCAGCCCUGUUUCGGCGUUUGGGAAGCCAUGCGUGGGAAUGGCCAGCCAAAAGGCCACCUGGGGAGACGGUGUUUGCUGCUGCUUGUCCUAUGGGGUUGCUCUGGAACAGCUGCCUGGCACCACCUCCCUUGUCUCUCCACGUCUGCCACCACCCGCCAUCCGGUGCUGGGCUUCAGGGAGGUACUGCGGAGAGGCACCGGAUGCACCAGUCGGAGACACUCUACCAGGGGGCAAGAAGUGCAUGUCAUCAGCCUGCACAAGGGAGUGCCAGCAAAUGGCCAGGUCACUCUCGUGCUGGCCUCAGAUCCCCUCGACAGAGCCUCCAUCUUUGUGCUGCACUCCCUGGAACCUGUGAGUUGGGUGCUGCCGUCUCCCCCUGGGAAAAAUUGGACCUUCCAGGUCUCCCCAGGAUCCAGUGUCUCUGCCCCUGGGCCAGUGGCUUCCGCUGAGACCGACUUCCCAGAGACACCCCGAGGCCUGCUAAAGUGGGCAUGGAGGGAGCAUGGUGGGGUUACCUCUCUGGCUGAGUACCGUGGAAUCAACACAAUCUACACGCGCCUGGGGGCUGACAGGACGGCACCGGCUACCUGCCGACUGCGUCGGAAUUUCCUGACAUCCAGGCACUUCGCCUCCGAGCGCCGGCGCCGGCCUGUGAGAGUUUGCCUGAAUUCUGACCCUCCUCAAGACCUUGAGGUUCACAUCAUCCUCUCGAAAGGAGCUGCUCCCAGUAUGCUCUCUUCCAGGCCCAGCUUGGCCCAGUUGACGGUGGAGCUCCAUGCUGCCAGGAGGCCCCCCCGCCAGGGGCUGCUUCUGAUACUGAAGAGUGAAGGAGCUGCCCAGUGGAUGGUUCGGGCAUCUCGCCUCACUGGCCAACUGCUCGUACUGGCUUCACACAAAGUCAUCGUCAGCAGCACAGAAAUGGACCUGCCUCUGACGGUGACCCAGCGUACAUCCCCUGCGUUGGCUUCUGCCAGGGAUCCUUUGCAGUAUGCAGCAGAGCAGAAGCUGCCUGCCUUUACAUCCUACACGGAGGCUGAGAGGGUGAACAGGUUUCUCCUUGUUGUUGGGAUGAAUGAGGCUACACCUACUCCUCCAGAGGAUCCUCAGCUAUUUGGGCCCAUCUUGAGUCCCCUCAGAUUCACGGUCAAGAGUCAUCACUUCCCAGAGGCUGUCACAGCAGGCUGGGAGAUGAGGCAGGAGAUCAUGGGGGAGGAUGGUUCUGCUAUCUAUCCACUGCCCACAGCCAAAUUAGAGGGAAUGGAAUCGUUCCUGUGUCUUGGGGAGCAGAAACCCCUGCAUGAAAAUAAGGAUCCUCAGACAGUGUCUCCCCCAGAAGCCACCAUGGCCUCUCAGGACCGUCUUUUUCACCAUGGGAAUGUUCUCCUCAGCCUGGAGGUCUACAACUCUGAGGCUUUUACCAAACAACCAGGACUCUGUACAGUCCCAGCCAACAGCCGGGUCUUUGUGGAGGCUUCCUUGGCAACCCAUGACCUGUGCCUUGGCUUCACCAUCCAGCAGUGCUUCAUCUCCCCCUCCUCGGACUCUUCGGUGACAUCUUCAUACCUGCUGGUCCAGCACGGUUGUGCGGCUGAUGUCCGGGUCAAUUUGUCCAAGUCCGAGCGGGAGGCCUGGGGUCAGGCCUUGCCUCCGGGAUACCAGGAACGCCAACGGCUGAGCUUUGUGCUGCAACCCCGCUCCAAUGACUCCAUUCAUUUCUUGCACUGCCGCUUGACACUCUGCAGCAGGGAGCCUCAUGACCCCGGCAAACCCAAGGGCCCAAUCCCCAAGUGCCAGUCCGAGGACGAGGCCUGCAGGGCAGAAGAGGAGCUGGCCAGUGGGCGCUUCCAGCGCACAGUCACCAAACCCAUCAUUGUGACGGUGGACAUUCCGCUCAGGGCUCCCACUCCACGUCUGAGACCAGAUAAUCCCGUGUUCAACCAGCACGGAAAAGUGCUGAAGGGUGCAAACCACUCACGGAAGGCACAGCCAGUCCCCACUGCAGCUGCGCCAGGGCUGGAGCUCCCAGCUGUAGUUGGCAUCGCUUUUUCAGCCUUUGUCAUCGGUAUCUCCCUUGCUGGUGGGCUCUGGUUCAUUCAUUCCCAAACAGGUGACAAAGCUGUCAGAAAGAGAAGCCAACCUGCAGCUGAGACAGAUCCUGAAGAAAUAGCUGUUCCAAAGCUCCUAGAUGUUUCCUCAGCUCUGAAUGCAGUUGGUCCUGCACAUGGUUCCUUGCCCUAAGAGGUCUAGCUUGACCACAGGUUCUGGAAUGUGUUCUGCCUGUGACCAAGCAUCUAUUUCAGUGGACUCACCUGCAUUCCCCAGUAUCCAACCUUUUCAUAACUUCAGCCUUUCGUCCAGUGUUGAAACUGGUUGAAUCAAUAACUUCCAACACUGUAUAAGCUCACCCUCUAUGUUUUAGCAUAAAUGAGCAAUUCUGUUUACUGGCAGCAGUAGUAAGGCUUUGUCAUUACAUAAUUGGGCAGUUUCCUGGAGUGUUGCGGUGCUCCCCCAUGGAAUUUCACUCUCCAUUUCUGCGUGGAUAAAGAGGAACUCUCCUGCUCCAAUCUCUGCAGAUGUAUAUUACAUUCCACUACUUUUUACCAAGUUUGCUGUCUCAUCUUGUAGAGACGCUUUCAAUGAGUACACUUUAGGAGAAGGCAAAGACUCUGGUGUAUUUUGGUUGAGAUUCCCACUGGGAAACAUAGACAAUACAUCAUCUGGCUAUUUUACCUAUCUGACUGUAGUAAUAAUUUUCAAUCUUAGUCUGAAUUUUAUGCUAUGUUGGGAUAUGCUGGUUUUCAUGCACCUGCCAAGUAGAGGCUCCCCAACUUUCCAAGGGCACAAAGAUGGCUGCCAAAAGACGAGCUUCAAACUUAGCAAAUGUUUGGGACUGCUCUUGUAAGCCACUUUGAAAAUUAUGUAACUUUCUAUUAAACUGCUGUGCAGCAGACUUGCAAAAGUGCAUGGUGCCUUUUUCAACAGGCAGU